AUGAUGAUCGAACUUUUGCCUGACUACGUAACACCAAAGGUUCACUUCAUCACGGAAUACCCUCGUUCGAUUGAAAAAUAUGGUCUACCUAUAUUGAAUUCUUGUAUAAGAUUUGAAGCCAAACAUUUGUAUUUCAAACAAAUUGUUAAUCGUACAUUUAACUUUAAAAAUCCUCUGUUUACUCUUUUGAAGCGCCAUCAGUUACGUCGUUGUUUGUUGAGCGAUUCAAACCGGUCUACCUACUCACCAUCAAUGAUAAUUAGAUCGUCAAAAUCAGUAGAUUUGUUUGAACUUGCUAUUCCUGUUCAACUUUUAUUGAAUCAGUAUAUUAAUCAAACUGAUUCUGUAUUUGAAUAUGAAGAUAUUGAUGGUGAAACAUUGGUCUUACUUCAAAAUAAUGAUAUGAUGCAUAUAUUUCCAAGAAUUAAAGAUCGUGUAAAAUUUAUCGAUCUACGUUCGAAGCUGAUCUCAAACCAAAAUGAAGAAGAUGAAAAUAACAAUGAAAGCACAGGUGUAUCAAAUGAGAAUACUAAACAAAGUUCAUCUGUUUCAAAUGAAGCUAAACGAUCAAGUAAUGAUAUUGAUCCGAUGACAGAUCCUGAUCCCUCAUCAAAUAUUGUUUGUUAUGAUGAUGAUAAUGACGAUGCUUUGACGAAAGCAACAUUGCCGAUAGAUUAUGAAGUUCCACAAUUAACUGUGAGAAUGCAACAUCACAUUGAUGACAAUAAUAUUUCCAAAUUUAAUCCGCAUACAACUCUACGUGGUGAAUUAUUAUCGAUUCUGUUUGAUGAUGUAACAACAUCACAUCAGUUGUUCUAUCCAACGAAUAAAAGAAGAGAUUGGCAUGAAUCCAUAAAGCAAAAGUUUAAGCGUGAACGUAAACCAUUACAAAUGGUUCAUAAUUUUGUGCAAGCGAAGCAAGAUAAAUAUGGUAAAACAAAAGGACGCCCGAAGCAAAAAAGUGCAAUUUUACAAGCUGAACGAAAAAUCAAAGAUACACCAAUGAUCAAUUUGGCUGAUAAACAAAAUGAAAAUUUAUUGUCCAUAGUCAACAAUAUGAAUAUGGAAUUACUUAAAGAUAAGCCUGAUAAUGAUACACUUAAUGAUCUUUGGGCACAAUCAUUCAACAUUCGCCGCCUAUGCAUUCGUGAAUUAUCAAUAGAUGAAAUACUUGAACGUUUUCCUGCUUAUCGUCGUCCUGAAUUAAUAUUAGCUGAAGUAAAAGACACUGUUGGUGUUGAUAUUAAUAAAAAUACAAAUGAUUUAUUGCCGCAUUUCUUCGAUUGUAUACCUGAUAACAGUUGUUUUUUGUCUGAUGUUUUACCGUUUCGAGUAGUUCGUGUUUUAUGCAAAAUUUUUGGCGAUCCAGUCGGCAAUAUUUUUACACAUGAGGAUAUACUUGUACCUUAUCCGUGCAUUAAAAUUUCUGAUGAUAAAUUCGAACUUUAUGUCGACUUCCAUUUGAUCGCUGGCGAAUCACUUGAAGAAAUCGACGAUAAUGAAGAAUUCGACGACAAUAAACGUUCUUCUUCUCAUUUGAAAAUUAUUAGUUCCAACACUUUUAAUCAAGUAUCUGCUAAUGAACUCUCAGAAAAUAAUGAAAAUACAGCAUCCAGUUCAGAUGAUGAAGACGAUCCAUAUCGUUUAUCAAUAGCUACUCCACCGACUUCAACCGCUGAAGAUGAACGCUCACGAGCUAUUCUUGCAACUCCAUCAACACCACCAGUAACUAUGAAAAAAUUAUCAAAUAAUACAAAGUCAACAAGAUCAACCACGAUUUCCUUCUCGAAAAAAUUAGCAUCGGUACAUCAACAAGAAAAUGCAGUGGAUAAAAUUCAACAAAGAAAAAAACACUCUUCCACUGGUUACACGAAAACGUAA